ACCCUAAUCUUGCUUUCUUCGAUGGCCAUGACGAUGGCGAUGACGAUGGCGGCCUUUCUCGUCGUUUCUCUGGUGUGGCGCUCCGGCCGCGCGCAAGAUUACGAGAAGUUGGAGUUCCCGCAGGCAGUGUACACGGUCUCGAUCGCGAUCGCGGAUGACGAGUGCAAGGCAUCGUGCCGUGUGUUUCUUCGCUACAAUGCCAGCGAUUUCGAAAACGUUGUCCGGGAAUUCCAACCUAGCGCGACGCUCGUCUUCGCAGGCCUCAAGCUGGGUCCCUACUGCCUCGAUGUCAAUUGCUCUUCUCCUGAUAGUCCUCUCGGAGUGUGCCAGGCCGAGCCACACGUUAUCGAGUUCCAGGCAAUGGAUGAGGCUCCAAGUGGAGUCAUAUCAGUGGGCAGCCUGGGCCUGGCACUGACAAAUUCUUCCAACGCCUUCGAGCCGCCGCAGAACACGCAGCAGCAGCAGCAGCCUUCGGCGACAGUGUCCAAAUGGCAGACUUUAGCGAUUGCUGGUAUUUUGGCUCUACAGUGGAUCGGGCUGCGAGUCAUAACUGCUUUUACCAACAAAUCUUCCAGCGGAACACAUGUCUGUCCAUCAAGACCAGCUGUCACUUGUUCCUCAUGGUGGCAAAGGUAGGAGAGGAUAGGAACGAAA